AUAGGAGGAUGGCGAUUUAAAUAGUCCUGUACUCUAAGGGAGGGGAGACUUCUGGCUCCUGUUAGAAUGGGCAGCAGCCUCUCAUUCGUGUCCGGAGCGCACGAACAGCCGGGCAUGGGCCAACAACCUCAAACGCCUAACUAAUGAAGCGGAGGAGCAGGCAAGCCAAAACCAACUCGUCCUUAUCACCUUGCUUUUCCUCAAGUCCUCCUUCCCAGCAUCAUCACCAUCAACAUCAUCAUCGCCAGUACUGACUCGAGCGCCGGCCACCCGUCCCGCCUUUCUCCAGUCAGCGCAUGCACAUCAGCAGCCAUCAUGAAUGUGCAGGUGAUGCCCGAGCACAAGCUGGCGUCGGUGGCCCCACUCAAACCGUACGCCGUGGAGAAGAAGGAUGUGGAGCUCAUCCUGGUCAAAGAGCGCAACGGCUUGCAGUUCACGAGUUCCCGCACGCACACAUGCACCGAGAUGCCAGAGCGCGAGACAUGGGGCAAGAAACUGGACUUCCUGCUCUCCGUCAUCGGUUUCGCUGUGGACCUGGCCAACGUGUGGAGGUUCCCUUAUCUGUGCUACAAAAACGGCGGAGGGGCCUUUCUGAUCCCGUACAUCACUUUCCUGUUCAUUGCGGGAAUGCCGCUGUUCUAUAUGGAGCUGGCUUUGGGUCAAUAUAACAGAGAAGGGGCAGCCACUGUAUGGAAGAUCUGUCCCGUUUUCAAAGGUGUUGGUUAUACCGUGAUCAUCAUAGCUUUGUAUGUAGGCUUCUACUACAACGUUAUUAUAGCUUGGUCACUGUACUACCUGUUCUCCUCAUUCACGAGUCAGCUGCCCUGGCAGCACUGUAAUAACACAUGGAACAGCCUCAUGUGCAAAGACCCCAAGCUCAUCAAUGGCUCGUUUCUCCUGGGCAACGGAACCUACGCCAAGUACAAGCGAACGCCUGCUGCUGAGUUCUAUGAACGAGGGGUACUGCGCAUUCAUGAGAGUCAAGGCAUCAGUGACCUGGGAGAACCUCGCUGGGAGCUGACGCUUUGCCUUGUGGUGGUCUUCUUUAUUCUCUACUUCAGUUUGUGGAAAGGCGUAAAGUCAUCUGGGAAGGUGGUGUAUAUCACUGCCACCAUGCCCUAUAUUGUACUUCUGGUGCUGCUUUUCCGAGGCAUUACACUACCUGGUGCUAUGAACGGAAUCCGUGCGUACCUCCACAUUGACCUUAAUAAACUCAAAAAUCCUCAAGUUUGGAUUGAAGCUGCCACUCAGAUUUUCUACUCUCUGGGGGCUGGUUUUGGUGUGCUUAUCGCCUUUGCCAGUUACAAUAAAUUUGACAACAACUGCUAUAGGGAUGCCCUCCUGACCAGCACCAUAAACUGCAUCACCAGUUUUUUCUCAGGAUUUGCCAUCUUCUCUGUGCUGGGUUACAUGGCUCAUGAGCAUGGCGUCAGCAUUAAGGAAGUGGCCACAGAUGGACCUGGGCUUGUGUUCAUUAUUUACCCGGAGGCCAUUUCUACUCUCCCUGGCUCCACUUUCUUUGCCAUAUUCUUCUUCAUCAUGCUUCUAACCCUAGGCAUUGACAGCUCUAUGGGUGGCAUGGAAGCUGUCAUCACUGGACUCACAGAUGACUUCAAGAUCCUUAGGAGAAACAGGAAAUUGUUCACUUUCAUCACUGCAUUUGGGACCUUCCUGGUUGCUUUACUGUGCAUAACGAAAGGAGGAAUCUAUGUUUUCACUUUACUGGACCACUAUGCUGCAGGGACGUCCAUUCUGUUUGGAGUUCUUGUGGAGGCCAUAGGAGUCUCCUGGUUCUAUGGGGUGGAUAGAUUCAGUGAAGACAUUGAACAAAUGAUGGGCUUCAAGCCAGGAAUCUACUGGAGACUUUGUUGGAAGUUUGUCAGUCCUACUUUUCUGCUGGUUGUGGUGAUUGCCAGCAUCGUCACUUCCAACAAUAUGGAAUAUGAAGGCUAUGAUUUUCCUCCCUGGGCUACUGUGGUGGGCUGGGGCAUUGCCCUUUCCUCUAUGAUGUUUGUACCACUCUAUGCCAUUUACAAAUUCUUAAGUUUACCAGGCACCUUCAAGCAGAGGAUAGCAUACUGUAUUACACCAGAGCACGAACAUCACCUGGUGGCAGAGGGAAACAUCAGGCAGUUCAAGCUCAAACAUUGGCUUGCCAUCUGAUGUGACCACUGAUGCUGGAAUGCCUUCUAAAAUCCCAGGCGUCUGAUGUGCCAUGUGUGAACCCUGAGAGAAAUGUACCUCCAGGGAAGUGGACAAAGUGAAGCGAUGACUUCUGUGUAUCUCAACCAUAUACCCUAUCGUUUGCACAAUUCUGCUUUUGUCACGUUGGUCUCUUUCUCAUUGGUGGAGAAAAAUUUAAUGAUUUUUUAAAACAUUACAUCUACAAAACCUCAUUUUAAAAGUAUGACCGUUUUUUGUUAAUUGUAUUAUUAUUAUUCUUUAUAAGUCAUCUCAACCUGCAGAACUUUUAGUGUUUCCCAAGAUAAAAAUACACAUAGUCACAGUCGCUAGUCGCUUAUAUUAAUCUUUGUCUGUGAGGGUGGUGUGUGUAUAUAUGAGCAUGUGUGUAUGAGGGCAUGAAUAGUGACACACAGUUCUUUCCACUGUAAUAUUUAUUUCCAUUUGUCCAAUCAUUAUGGGCCAGCACAUUUCCCAGCUAAUGUUAGGCUUUAUUAGCUGUAAUGUUAGGAUCCAAUAUAUUCUUUUCUAUCCCAUAGUAGCAGUAAUACCCUUCUUUGCCAUGGUGUAUCCUGGGAUAUUUUUUGCUUUGUAGACACACACCACUGUGUCAGUGCCUUAUCAAGAAUUUACUGGUAACUUACUAAUAUUUUUAAUCUGUUUUAAUAAGACCAAAAUGGGUCUUUACUAUAACCU